CGGGAUUUAUUUAUGGUCCAGAAUAACUCGUGUGUGUAUGUUUAUGUCAACAACAACCCUAUAAUUCACGACACGCUCUACUGCGACUCAUUUCAUUCGUGUUUGGGACAGAGAGCUGCUCCAGUCUCUCGUUUUGGGUCUGUCUGAUUUGUUUUAAGCAAUACGGACAUAUUGUGAAAUCACGCGUGGUAAUUCAUAUUGUCUCAGGAAUCAUGACUUCUCAGGUGAGGCAGAGCUUCCAUCAGGAGUGUGAGGCAGCCAUUAACAGACAGAUUUACCUGGAGCUCUACGCCUCUUAUGUCUACCUGUCCAUGGGGUAUUAUUUUGACAGGGAUAACAAGUCUUUGCCCAACUUUGCCAAGUUUUUCCGCGAGCAGUCUAAGGAGGAGCGAGAACAUGCGGAGAAGCUGAUGAGUCUGCAGAACCAAAGAGGAGGACGGAUCUACCUGCAGGACAUCAAGAAGCCGGAUCGGGAUGAGUGGGGCAGCGGUCUGGAAGCGCUGGAAUGUGCUCUGGCUCUGGAAAAGAGUGUAAAUCUGUCCUUACUGGAGCUUCACAAGGUGGCAACUCAACACAAUGAUCCACAUGUUUGUGAUUUCCUGGAGACAAUUAACUUAAAUGAUUUUACACCCAACAGAUCCCCCUCAGCCAAUGAGAUUCCAGAGUCGUUGGCAGAGUUGUGCUGA